AGCAAUGAUAAACUAAUCAAAGCUCAUAUUCUUUGUUUGUAUUCACAUAAUAUUGAUGCCAGUCUUUUGCUUCAGUCUGUUGAUGUAUUAUUUAAUAGCAUUAUUCCAGUCAGAAUUAAUGUAGAAAUAUGUAUCAGUUACGAUUUCACUUUAUUUUUCUAAUACUUUCCUUAGGAAUUCAAAGGUCUUUAGCCUCUCCUGUAUUAGAACCAUCACUAGCAGGAGCGAUCAGCAAGGAAAAUGACGUUUCUCACGCAGUUGAUGACAAUGGAAAUAAAGGCUCUGGACAACACUUGGACUGCCAGGCGGAUUCGGGCUACAUUCAGGAACAAAUCUCACUCAUCACAAAAAUGCUGAACGACGGCAAAAAAGUUGUAGAAACGCAGACGAAGGAUUCGUCAUCAGCUGCUGAUGAAACUAUACUGGUGCUGGGCAAAGCUGGCAGUGGCAAAACCAGUUUGGUCCAGUUCCUGACCGGAAAUCCCAAACUGCAGUCAAAGAAGGUGCUGUCAGAUACCGGCGAAUACAUCAUCGAAGAUGGAGAGAAAAUCGGUACAUCAGUGACUGAGUCGUUCACUCUGUACCCUGAACUUGUCAACUACAAUGCCACCAUCAACUUCUGUGACUCACCAGGUUUCCACGAUUCCAGAAGUUCUGCUCAUGAAAUUGUCUCCAUGGAUGUCAUGAAGUCUGUAACCAGCAGAUUCAAGAAGGUGAAGAUUCUACUCCUCGAAACUCAUGGAUCUCUGCAAUAUGGAUGGAAUAAAGAUUAUUUCAUAAACACUCUUCAUCACUUGAACAAUUUCUUGGUUGAUAUUGAUAGAUAUAAAGAUCACAUCAUGCUUGUUGCAACUAAAAUUCCUUUCAUCUACAGAAUUUCGGAUGAUGGUGACAGUGCAGUACCUGAAUUGAUAACUGAGGAAAUGCAUAUUGAAAGCAUAAUGAAUUACUUGAACCACACAGAAAUAGCUCUAACAGAAAAGCUUAGUGAUAAAAUUGGAAAAAGUAAGCGAGAGUUCUACCAGAAAGUGAUAAAGCUACUACAAAGCCUUCAAACCAGAGAUGAGAAUGGAAAAGCAACUAGAAUCAGUGUAUUCCGUCGUCCAUACAAGCUGGGGCCUCUCGUGAACAUGACAUUGCUUGACAAGAAUGGAGAAACACUCAAAAAAACAAUCAUGAAUUUGGAGGCUGUUGAGGUGAACAAGAAUGACUUUGACUUCACACUGUCCAACGAAGCAAAAAUAUACAUAGAGUGUCUUCUGAAACUGACAAGUGACAACUUCAAACAUAAGAUAAAUGAGCUGUCUUUCAAAUUAAAUCAACUUGUGAUUCAAAAAAUUCAGAACUACACAAGUUUUCACCAAGUGUUGUCAAGCUUGGAAUUAUUCCAUAAUGCUUUGAAGCAACUAUCAGAAAAUCUGGACGAAACCAGAAACUACAAUGAGUUUUUUGAAAAGGUUAAUGGUUUCAUUUCUGAACAGAAAAUAUCUUCACAAAUUAAUUACAAUGAACAGAUUCAUGUACUUGAGAAAUAUGAGGAAAUGUUACUGAAAUUUGUUGACACAAAUUUGGUGUUCAGUCCAUCAUCAUGGACACUUCCCAUUAGACAAGUGAAGAAAUCUGCAAAGGAUGAACUGCAAUGGUACAGGUCUCUCAACAACUUAAUCAGUGGACUAGCCAGCUACAAGACACAGAAAAACAAGACAGAGAUUCACUCAACAAUUUUCCAUGAGGGUUCCAUAGUAACGAAUGAAUUGAUGAAUCUAUUUUUGGACAUGACAGGGAGUACAAAUUUGAAGGUUUUCAUUGACGCACAAAGUGACACCAAAAAAAGGGCAGAGCUUGAGAGUAUCACAAACACCUUACUGAAGCCAAGUAAUAUCACUUGUGAUGCAAAUGGAAGACUCACAGUUAAAGGUUUCCAAAUUCGUUUUUCAGAAAUAAAUUCUGGAGAUUUGGUUCGAUCUCACUGCAACAACAUCACAGUGAAAGACGUUGCUCUCUUAGCUGUUGACACAGUUUAUCUGGAUGAGGACUCUGCGGAUAUUUUCAGAGGAGUGAAUAUGUUUGUAGCAGCCCCCAAGUGGGAAGUGAUAGGACAAAGGAGGAUGGUGCUCAGUGGUCACAAUGGAGCUGAACGUUCUGGUGAUGAGCUUUAUGUGGGUAAUAGCAAAGAUGGAAGGCCAGGACUGCCAGGGGGCAAUGGAGGCACCUUUUUUGGAAUCGGAUUGCAGUUUGUGAAUGGCAAAAGUCUGCUGAUUGAGUCGAAUGGAGGUAGAGGGGGACCAGGGGCUGAUGGAGCAAAAGGAGAGAGAGGUCUUGAUGGGAGGAAUGCAGAUAAAAAAAUAAAAUUGGGUCUCUACAAUCGUAGCUAUGAAUUUGAUAGAGGAGUACAAUCAUUUGAUGUCAAGGACAGACUGACGGACGUCUCUCCUGCUUUCACCCGUUUCAAAAUAAGUUCAUGUUAUAGCUAUAGAGGAUAUCAUACCACAGAUAUCUUUGUAGAAUUUAAAGUGAUUACUGAAGAUGGUGACUGCGGAGCUAAUGGAGAAGCAGGAGGUUUGGGUGGGGAAGCAGGGAUGGGAGGUCUUGCAGGAGACCAACAGCUGAUUGAGUUGGGUGACCCAUCUCAUAUUGGCGUUCAGAAUCAAAAUGGCAGCAGGGGUGCACGUGGCAAUAUGGGAAAAACUGGAGACCGUGGUAAAGAUGGGAUUGGGAUGAUUUGUGUACAGGUAAAAAAUAAAGAUUCAUCUUCAUACUGGGAUUGCAAAUGGACCAACACUACAUCACCAACAUGCAACACUUGCCAAAAACUGGAUGAAGCUGCAGAAAACCGGUACACUACAACAGGAAUUGAACAGCCGGCACCCAAGAAGUCUCCCAACCUCACCUACCACCUACUCGACUACACAGCUUUGCUGGAGACCUACACCAAUCACACAAUUUUCAAAAACAUUGUAACUGAUUUUCGAGAGGCCAUUCAAAGGAAAUACACAUACACUCUGAUUGACUUGGGACUGUUGUUUCAAACAUUCUGAAGGCAUUAUUAUGAUUCAGUUGUAGUUUCACCUAUUUUAAAAUUGAUAACUUCCGAAUUCAAGUGGAGGAGCAAACUAAUGAAACUCAUGCAAGAGUUAUGGGGAACCAGUUGAGCAUGUUCAGCCAAAUUAGAAUAUAUUUAGAACUAUAGUGAGGUCCACGUUAUCUCAACACCUACAUUUUGCGAUAAUCCAUUGUAGCCAUAAUAAAUUUUCAGGCCUUAAGAAAACUAUCCUGUUGGCACGGUACAUAUAAAUAUGACUUAGAAAUUAGGACGAAGAAAGGUAAUAGAGUACUGUACACUAUUUUCCAAUGGCCAACGUAAGUAAAAUUGGCCAACCAACGUGUUAUAAAAUGUUCUGAUCUUUUCAUAAUGGAAGAUGAAUUUGAAACACUCACCAUUAUAAUGGAUUCAGUCAGAGAUAAUAAUACUGUUAGCUCGAUUUGAUGUGAAUUUGAGUUCUUUAAUCAUGUUAAAAUAUGUAGGUCUCAUUUAUUCAUAUAUAGUUGAAUCCACUGUUUUGAUCGAUAAUUUUGAUUUAGAAGUUUGUUCAUUUUUUUACGUUGAGUGCUGUUGUAUUUUGUUGGUAAAAGGUAGACUUAUUGUAAUAAUUGAAAAUGUAAUAAUCAUAGAUAAUAAUAGUAAGCUACAUACUGUAAUAUAUUUCUCAUCAAAAAGAACAUGAUGAUAUCGGAAAUCUUAUAAUAGUAGUCUAUCAAAUAAUAGAGAUACUGUUUGAGAAAUUAGGUAGGCUUACUCAAUUUUUGUGAGUGUUCUUGGAUGUAGUAGACCAAUCAUUAUUGUGUUUAGUAAGCAUUAAUAAAAAAUUAAUUGUAACUAUGGA